CCUUUUUCUUGUCAGUUCGCGAAAGAAUUGAUUGUUGUAUUUAUUAUUUAGUUACAAUAUCCAUGUUUAGUGUUGCAUUUUGAUACAAUUGCUUUUAUAGAUGUCAUGAUAUGCCUCGCCUAUAAUUAGGCAGAAUGUUCGCCAGUUUGAAAAGCAAAAUAAAAGAGGAGACAGGCAGUGACAUUAGUAAAUUGACUAGCAGUUGGCGCACUGGUGCCUUUUUGGGCCGCAUUACAUUGAGAGAUGACUCAUCUACCGCCAGCCCCUCCAGCUCUGGGGGACAGGGAGACACAACAUCAGAUUCUAUAUCCCCACAAUUGGAGUCCUACCUAUCAGACCGCACAGGCGGGAGAGUGGACCAAGCGGCUCUGCAACAGCAGUACUCAUCACAACUGGAGGCAAAGCUGAAAGAGAGAGAUUCAUAUUGGGAACAGAAAAUAGAAGAGUUGAGACUAUCUUUGGCGUCUGUUCAAGGGGAAGAAGCAUUGGCAGCCCAGUCGGUGGCGCGGGCGGCGCAGGCGGAAGCAGCGAAAGCAGCGGCAGAGCGCGAUGCUGCUCAGAAGCAACUGGCGGAGUACCGGGCACGCCUGGCGGCGGCCGAGCGCGCUCAGGAGCGCCUCGACACGCUUACUGAGGAAAUGGAGGUCUUGCGGCGAGAAUGGGCGCGCUCGCGCAGCGCAGAGGCGGCGCGGCUCGAGGAGGCGGAGGCGCGCGUGCGCGACCUGGCCGACGAGCUCGCCGUCGUGCGCGCCGCCGCGCCGCCCGCCUCCCAACACCACCACAUGCACGACGACGACAAACGCGAAGUAACCCCGACCGGGUGCGAGGAGUACGACCGCGUGAGUCGCGAGCGAGCCGUGCUGGCGCGACAGCUGCAGGAGGCCAAGAUGGCACUGGCGGAUGUCAAGACCUCCUGGAGCGGCCAGAUCGCCUCGCUCGAAACGCAGGUGGCGCGACUGUCGCGCCAAGCCGGCGAAGAAGGCGCGGAACGGAGAAGAGUUGAAAACGAGAAUCAAGAGAUGCACGACAAACUUCUCAAUAUGGCGGCCGAAUUGGAGAAGGCCAAGCAGAAUCUUAUCAAUAGCGAAGCGAAGGUGGCGCGGCUGAACGGCGAGGUGCACUCGCUGGCGAUGGAGGUGAAGGGGCUGCGGAGCGCCGCCAACCACGAGGGCGAAAAAACAAUGGAACUCGAGAGUCGUAUUGAAGAACUGACCGAGAAAAACCGAGAACUGUCGGAAGCGCUCGAGAACGAACGGACGCUCGUGAAGAUCCUCCGAGAGAAGAUCGACAAGUCGAACCGGCUUUAUGACGAGACGAAAGUCGAAGUCAAUCAUCUUAAUUCGGUGGUGACGGAUAUGCAGCACGAUUAUGUGGAUAUGCAGAGGAAGUAUGACAAAGAAAAACGCGAAAAAGACGAGGCGUUACUACGCAACGCGCACAUGUCGCAAACGAUCGAGAUGAGCCAGUGCGACGUCCGGUACCAGGAGGCCGAGAUAGCCGAACUUAAGGCCAAGAUAGUUGAACUGGAGACGCUCAUAGCUCAGCACAAAGAGAAUCAAGCAGCAUGUAUGUUAAUAAAGGAAAACGACGAAUCGCGGAAGGCAGAGAUCGAGCAGCUAAACAGGAAGAUCGACGAUAUGGCGGAAAGUGAAAACUCACUCAAAAAGACUAUACAAGACUUAGAAACUGAAAUCUGUGAUAAAAAUAAGAAAAUUAAGACUUUAGACAAUCGGAUAUCUGAUAUGAAGAAAACACUACAGCGAGAACUUCAAAGUAGUAAACCUGAUCUACUCGCAGCGGAAGAACAAGACAUUAGCAGACGGUACCUGAAGCACGUGGUGCUGCGGUUCCUGACGGCGCGCGAGCUGGAGGCGCGGCAGCUGACGCGCGCGCUGGCCGUGCUGCUGCGCCUCUCCGCGCACGAGGAGGCCGCCCUGCGCGCCGCGCUGCCCGCCCACCCGCGCUCCGGCCUCGCCGCCUGGCUGCCCAGCCUCAACACCUGAUAGGCCCGACACCGACACACUCACUCUAUACGAUGUUCGACGUGUGCACUGCAUAUGUAUUGAGUAGUAGAGGGGCGGAUUAUAGGAAAGUUCUUAGAACGGUAAAACGUGCCUGCGUAAGAUUCCCGUCGCCCGACACCAAUAUAGCCCGUCAGAGGGUUUACCCGACGUUCGAUGUGUGCACUGCAUACGGACGAAAGUUGUUAGGACGGUAAAAUGUGCCUCCGUGAAAGGGAAUCAUAGGAAGGAAAUCAUGGGAAGGGUUUGCUUAUACGAAAAUAGUUAAUAACUUACCCUCCAAACCUUGCAGUAAAAUUUGAACUAGCUUCCUCUAACGUUGACGCUGCGGCGUCACUGGUUAAAACUAGCUAGGAAAUGAUGCGGAUUUUUAUGCUUUGGCACCUAUUUAUGAUUAAGAAUGCAAGUCUAGAUGUGAAAUGUACACUAAUUUCGUUCGGGCAAUAGAAUUAAAUUGCAAAUUUAAGCGGAUAAAUGAACAUAAUAUAUUUGGAAGAACUAAAACAAUUACUGAUCAAGCAAUAAGAAUGUGUCGCAUGAAUGUUUUGAUAAUUCAUGAUGUUUUGCAUAUUUCCUACAUGUAAUAUGCUGCUUCAGUAUGUGAUACUGAAUUACAUUCCAUAUUGUUAUCCUUCGAAUAUGUAUUGAUAUGAUAGUCAAAAAUUGGACUUAGUGUUACGACGAACACAAAUUAUAGACACGCUUGUGUUUAUUGAGAGUGCAUAGUGUACACGUGUGUGCACGUGUAUUAUGAUCCGCAUCACAAAUAUCUUCGACAUAAUUGUAUAUUUUGUAAUUAGCUUAGAACUGGAAUUAUACUUAGUUUAUAGAAAUAGAAAGAAAAAUAACGUGCUGCUAAUUUAAUAAACAGACAAGGCGGGUGUAUAUUUGAGCUGCUCGGUACUGAUUUCAUAGUAUUAUUUUAUAUUUAUAUACAAUAAGCAAUACGCUAGCCGUAGAAUUGUUAUGUACUUAAUCAUUAUUUUCUUAAAUUAUUUAACCAUUUAAUAAGAGUUUAGCUGUCUCGAAUAAUUUUGUUUUUAGGACUAAUUUAUUUUUAGGAGUUUUAUGAAUGACGAAAUAGAAUCGCCUUAAUAGCUAGUCAUUGAUUGAAAUCAUGUUAAUUAUUUUCGUGAACAAAUAAAUAUUUACAUUAAUCCAUAAAUAAUUAAAUUUCAUUUGAUAUGAAUAUGUAAUUACUUGUUGAUCAUUUAUUUUUGUAUUAAUUUGUUUAAGGUAACUAAUAUUAACCAUAUACAGGGUGGAAAGGCACGACUAUCCUUCCCGGAAGUAUUAGGUCGUUUAAGUGAUACAGAGACUAUUGGUAAUGGUAAGAAUCGUUAAUUGAGUAAAAAAUAAAAAUUGCAAAAAUACUACUUUUUAACUGUGGUGAUAACCCUAUAGCAUGUGCACAUGACGGCUAGAUUAAGGAUCUCCGUCGGGAAAGCUCGGGACUUUACACUUUUUUCCGAUCGUUGACAGUAUCGCAAUGAUGUAUGAAUGACGCAUAAAUGUCAAAUAAAUCAAAUGCAUGCAAAAAUAUUACAAACAAUUUUAUUACUUUCUUAGAUAAUUACUUUUUUCCAAUAUUUAAUACUAUCUUCUUUUCACAUACGGUGUUCAAAUGUACCUCCGUGUAUUACAACGCCGCCGCAGCCCGUACCCGAGUAUGUCGAUGCACAUGCGAUAUAGUGUAUGCUCUUCGUCAUUUAUCCUCCGCAGAAAGCACCAAUUAGCCUUUGUCUCAUUUCGUCCGCAGUUUCACAUUCCGUUUGGUUUGGUACACCAUAUCUUUUACACAGCCCCACAAAUUUAAAUAGCCACGAGCAUCUAACAUUUUUAUUUGAAGAAUAUGACAUUCAAUAAGUAAAGUUCAAUGAAAAUUUAAUUUCAAACAUCAGACGUCUUGUCUAUUUCCUACCACGCAAGAAGGUUUGUUAGUUUGGUAUUGAAGAAGUAUUUAUUCUUGAUUUAUUCUUAGUAUUUCAUUUUUGCAAGUUCAUUUGGUGCAACUAACACAACCUACAUGUAAUUUUUUAUUAUUUUAAAUAGUUUCCAAUUCGUGUUAAGAAACUAAAACCUUUUUAUCAGUCAAGGAAACCAGAGAUAUUUAUAAGACGAUUGCGUACUUUUGAGUGGUUGUCAAUGUCACCAUUUGAACUGUCGUUGUAAACAAUGUUGUGGUUAGUAUUAUUAAUAUUAAGGAAUAACAUAACUAUUUCAUUCAAGUAUUGAACAAGUGGAACCACUAAGAAAGCGAAAAUCCUGCAAUGAUUCUUACCGUGCUGUAAGCAGAACUAAAAAUGGUUAGAUGGCAACAAAUUAGCAUAAUUUCCUGUCGAAUACUGAUUGUUUACAAGUAAGUUCAUUGACCCUGUCACCUGUUAGGGUUAGAACAAAGUAGUUUUUUGCGUGGAUGUUUAAAAGGUCAUAAUUUAGAAACGGUUGCCCAUAUUAACAUAGUUUCUAUGGAGAAAAUAUAGAGCUUAGGCUAAACUAUCUCCCAUUUCCGGAAAGGAUCGUCGUGCCUUUCCACCCUGUAUAUUAGUGUAUAGGAAAAUUAAACAAAAGUCCUCUCCUUCACGAUUUUCGUCGACAUCUCUUCUAAAUACCUAAAACUGGUAUGGAUGUGUUCCUCGUGGUCUCUAGAAUACGAAUUGACCGGUUUUAGUUUAUGGAGGGGGGGACGGGUCGAAAAAAAGGGGGGGAAAGUGGUCGGCCGACCAGCAUUGAUAUUUGUUCACAUCUCGAGUCCUAUGGGGCCGAUCGGUUCAUGUGAGGUGUCGUUUGAAAGAGUAUUAAACGUGCUAUUAUUGUUUCAUAAUAACCGUAGUCAUAACUGUAGUCGUUUACAAAAUAUUUUAAAAUAUAUAAUUUUUUACCGUGCAUGGAUGGCAUAAGUAUUGACAAAACAUGCGUCUAACUCAAUAAAUUAUAACUUUACCGCAAUUAAUGUUCUUACAAAAUAUACGAGAAAUUUCAUUAGCUUUCCAGAAACAUAAGUUUUAUUGGUGUAUGAUAUUAUAUAACCAAGUAAUGAUGAAUUUUGUUCAGCAUGGGUCACUACGCACCAUCACGUAAAUGGC